CCAAUCUUUCUUCUCUCUGUAUUUCUCUCUCACUUCAAUUCUAGUAGAGUUUUUGCUCAAAAAGAUCAAUUUAGGAGGUUUGUGAAAGCUAUGAGGAAGCGCCAGGUGGUUUUGAGGAAAGCGGCGGAGGAGCCUUUGAGGAAUAGCACUGCUUCUUCUUUCACGUUCAGGAGUGUAAGAUAUGCAGAGUGCCAGAAGAAUCAUGCCGCCGGGGUGGGAGGAUACGCCGUGGACGGAUGCAGGGAGUUCAUGGCUAGUGGGGAGGAGGGAACUACCGCAGCACUCACAUGUGCCGCCUGCGGCUGUCACCGCAACUUCCAUAGAAGGGAAGUUGACCCUGAGGUAGUCUGCGAGUGCUCAUCCCCUUCAAAUGGUACUUAGAAGAAAUUAAAUGAAUGAUAUUACUAGAUGUUUUAACGAAUUAAUUUUGAUGGAUAUGCCUGGCCAAGUUUGUUCCUUGUAUGGUGCAUAUAUAUGUACGUACCUUUUUCCUUUAAGGGUUUUCUGAAUUUCUCUAGUUACUGCUUGAGUUGUGUGGAUUUGAUCGCUUAAGCUUUCCUCCAUGAUAAUUAUGUAUUUGAAGGGCAAAAUCAAGAAAGCGUGUGUUUUGUUCUGGAUGAAGGAAGUGUUCUACCUUGUUUUGUACCUAAUUUGCUCAGAUUUUU